AUGGCAUCUACACAUAUUACAGACCUGGCAGUGGGUGUAGUCCCCCCUUUAGAGUCUUAUAUGCUGCACCACAGCAGUCGCUACGGCUGCAUGGGCUUGAUGAGGUUCUUUAUGUCACGCCCCCUGCGGCUCCGAGCGCCCCUCCUGCACGUGUUCUACCGGGAUGGACAGGUGGGAGAUGAAGGGGAGGUGCUGUACACCCACGUCAUGGUCACCAAGAGGAGAGGGGAUGAGUGCUCAGACCACCCAGAUUCUCGUGGAGCCCCCCUGGAGGCCGAGGGUGCUGUGGGACGAGGUGACACAGACCUGCCAGGGCUCGGGGACCGCCAGUGCCACCACCUGGAGCGGUGGCCACAGCAGCGAGUGACAGCCAGUGCACAUGGCUGGGGACACCGGGAUGGCCGGGAAGUCCAGACCCUCGACCUUGCUGGUGCCCAGACCACCCAGCUCCUGGUGGAGCCCCCCUGGAGGCCAGCAGUGGUGUGGGACCGGGUGACACUGACCUGCCAGGGCUCGGGGACUGCCGGUGCCACCACCUGGUACAAGGACAGUCAGCGUUGGUGGCAGAAGGGACAGGAACGCCUCAGUGUCACCGAGACUGGCGCCUACACAUGUGACAGACCCGGCACUGGGCGCAGCCCCCCCGUGACAGUCUUAGAUGACCAGCUGGUACUGCAGGUGACAGCGCAGGCACUGCUGGAGGGGGACACCUUGACACUGCACUGCCGGUGCCGGCAGGAAAACCAUCUCACCAGGGUGCGAUUUUACCGGGAGGAGAAGGAUUUUGGGAUGUCCCUCAAGGGGACCAAGCUGUCCCUUUCACCUCUGCAGCUGCAAAACAGCGGCCGCUACCGAUGUGAGGGCUUGGUGGGGUCCUGGCAGUCACGUUCAGCACCAGUGACAGUGACAGUGCAUGAGCUCUUCUCGGUCCCAGAGCUGGAGGGUCCCCGCGAGCUCACUGAGGGGUCCCCCCUGACUCUCAGCUGCCUCAGCACCCCCAGCCCCCUGCGGCCCCGAGCCCCCCUCCUGUACGUGUUCUACCAGGAUGGGCAGGUGGUGGGGGGCCCACAGGAGUCCCCGCAGGUGCUGGUGCCCGCUGUGAGGGUCUCCCACUCGGGGCAUUAUGGCUGUGAGGUGCACUCCCAGGGGGGGUCCGUGCGGAAGAGCAGCAACCGGCUCCGCAUCACGGUGUGCAGGGUCCCGCCCUCGGGGGUGUCACUCUCAGCGCAGCCCCCAGGGGGACAGGUUGCACUCGGGGACAGCCUGGUGCUGAGCUGUGCGGUGGCCAUAGGGACAGGUCCCCUGUCCUUCUACUGGAACCGGGAGGGCUCAGGGGCACUACUGGGCACCGGCCCCCACCUGGAGCUGCGCCACAUUGGGGACAAUGACAGCGGACAGUACCGGUGCCGGGUCAGUGACGGGAACAGCGUGGCUGAGAGUGACCCCCUGAAUGUCACCGUCCUGGUGCCCGUGGCCAAUGCCACAAUCAGCCAUCGUCCCCUGACACACCAGGUGCGUGCAGGUGACAAUGUGACCCUGCGCUGCUCAGUGCAGGUGGGCUCAGCCCCUGUCACCUUCACCUGGCUGCACAACGGGCAGGAGGUGGCCCAGGGUCCCCUCCUGGAGCUCAGGGACAUCGAUGCUGGACAUUCGGGCACCUACCAGUGCGUGGCCACCAACCAGCUGGGACAGGACGGGCACCGCGUGUUCCGGGCCCUGAGCCCAGAGCUGGCCCUGGAGGUGACACCUGGUUCACCCUGGGUCACAGUGGCCACAGGGGUCGGUGGGGCCCUUUUCUUCCUGCUCCUGCUCGUGGUUGUCAUUGUGACCUGGCACCGACCACCAGGAAGAACCAGGAAAGAGGAGGGGGAGGUGCUGUACACCCACGUCAUGAUCACCAAGUGGGCAGGGGGAUGUCACAAAGGCCCGGUGACACUGACCUGCCAGGCCUCGGGGACCAUCGAUGACACCAUCUGGUACAAGGAUGGGCAGCGCUCGGGGCAGGAGGGACAUGACCACUUCACUGCCCAUGUGAAAAGCACCUACGUGUGUGACAGACCCAGCACCAGCCCCCAGGAGGACAGGUGGCACUCGGGCACCACCAAGUGCUGA